AAAAUGAAACAAAACUUUUUAAGAGUUUGUUUUAUAAAUUCGCCUAAUAAUGUCAAAAUUCCAACAUAAACUUUAUACUACUAGGAGGUGCCAAACAUGCACCCUAUCACAUGGAAAAUAUGCACUUUCUAUCCAGCAGUUAUUUCACUUUUUGACCUGUACUCAACUCUAAUUUUCCUUAAAUUCUCCAACACCCCACCAAAAAAAAAAAAUAGAGGAGAAAAGCUGAAUUUCAAUUAAAAAAAAUAUGGGGUUCUUGAAAUGUGUUGUUAUAUUUCUAGUUGUGUUUUCUUAUGUGGCAAAUGGAGAUCCUUUGGUUCCAGCAUUGAACAUAUUUGGAGAUUCUGUAGUUGAUGUUGGAAAUAAUAACAAUUUGACUACUCUUAUCAAGGCUAAUUUUCUUCCUUAUGGAAGGGAUUUUGUUACUCAUAGACCUACUGGAAGAUUUUGCAAUGGGAAGCUGGCUACUGACUUCACUGCUGAAUAUCUUGGGUUCAGUACAUAUCCACCAGCUUACCUUAGCCCAGAAGCAAGAGGAAGAAAUAUACUGACUGGUGUCAACUUUGCCUCUGCUGCUUCUGGUUAUUAUGAAAGGACUCCUCAACUUUAUCGUGCACUUACAUUGACACAGCAGCUACAAUACUACAGGGAUUGGCAAGGAAAAGUAGUGAAUUUAGUAGGGAGGACACAGGCUAAUAACAUUAUCUCUGGAGCAAUCCAUCUAUUGAGUGCAGGCAGCAGUGAUUUCAUUCAGAAUUACUAUGUUAAUCCAAUGCUCAACAGGAUCGUCUCACCUGAUCGAUUUUCCAACAUGCUUAUGCAAUCUUAUACUACAUUCGUUCAGAACCUUUAUAGUAUGGGAGUAAGGAAGAUUGGAGUCACAACUCUGCCACCAACAGGUUGUUUGCCAGCAGCUAUAACUUUGUUUGGUAGAGGAAGCAAUCAAUGUGUUGCUAGAUUGAACCAAGAUGCUGUUUUCUUCAACGCCAAGCUGAACCGGACAUCGGAUAGUUUGAGGAGUAGACUUCCAGGCCUUAAGCUUGUCGUCUUCGACAUCUAUCAGCCUCUCUUUGAUAUGAUCACUAAACCUGCUGAUAGUGGAUUCUUUGAAUCAAGGAGAGCUUGUUGUGGGACUGGUACGAUAGAAACAUCGUUCCUUUGCAACGUCAGGUCAAUAGGGACAUGUUCCAAUGCCUCACAGUACGUAUUCUGGGACGGGUUCCAUCCCUCUGAAGCAGCUAAUGAGAAAUUAGCACAAAGUCUACUGGAGCAGGGCUUUGAUCUCAUCUCUUAAUAAGCGAUUCUACGGUUGCUGUUGAGGUUGCAAAAAAGUUUAGUUCAUUCAAGUUUAAGCUUAUUAGCAAGUCUUUGUGGUAAAGUAGUUACUGAAACUAUUUGAAGGUAUGUGUUUGCCAAGAUUUCAUCUCCUGUUACAUAAUAAUCAGCAGAAAUAUUAUUAUUUAUAAUACAUACAUGGUAAGAGUUUCCACAUUA